AUGGUAGUCGGCAUACUUGCGACGGCGCUACCCUGGGGCUUUGCACGCGUGGUUCCUAGUAUUGGGAGCGUAAGAGCUUGUGUUGGGUUAUGGUGUGCCUUAGAGGCGUGCAAUGAGUCAGUUGGGAACGUUCUACCAGUUCCUCGUUCAGAUCGGCUCAUUGAUGCUAAAAGAAGAAGGGCCGGAGAGACGGCUGGAAUCGCUGUGGACGCAGGCUUGAAGAGAGUAGCGGAGCUAAUUGAGUCAUGUUUUGACAGCGCACUGGCACCAGGGACAAUUCGAAUCUACAGAAGAGUGCAAGAGGAUUUCCUCAAUUUCAUCGCGAAGUUCGGAGUCCCUGUGUCUGCGCUAAACAAACUCCGAAACGUAUAUGUUGCGCACCUGAUCGACAAGAACAAAAUCAGGUCCCUAGGUUGCCACGUUGCGGCACUAGCGCAUUUCUUUGGCCCGCUGCCACGAGAGGAUGACGAGAUCUUGAGGGCUUUGGUGCGCGGAGCAAAGCGAACGUCCCCUCCAGCGAAGCACCGAAAGAAGGCUACUCAAAAAGAUGUUGAUGCGGUCAUUAGUUGGGCGUUGCAGCGAAAAACACUCGCGGCGAUAGCUGGGGCAGCCAUGAUUCUGCUCGCUUUUGCUGCAUUCCUGAGGGUGGGGGAAUUGUGCGAAAUUCGAGUGUCAGACUUGUCUCGGAAAGGCGAAAAUGAAUGGUGGCUUACAAUUAGAAAAUCUAAAACAGACCAAGAAAGACGAGGUUCGGAAGUCGCAUUCCGGCUAACGGGACCCGCUCUUAUACUAUGGAGCGUCUUCGAGAAUUUUCUGCCGCGAAACCCGGAUCAAUAUAUUUUUAGCCGAUCAUCCGCUCAUCCACCAACAAGGGACACCAUCUCGCGAAGGAUCAAAAGAGUGCUCAAGGAUGCCGGCUUGGAACACAGAUCGUGUUCGGCGUUAGAGGAUCUCCCUGCCAUUAUUACUCUGGUUGGAAGCAGUAUCUCUUUUAUGGCUUCAGGUCAUUUCCAGGACUGUGAAAGUAUCUCUGUAUCAUGA